UUUACAAGGAAGCACCAAGCAGCUCACAUCUCUUUUUAACCAAGACUCGUAAGCGUAUAGCCCAGAAACAUCUGACCAGAUCUCAUAUACAGUAUACUGUGCUGGAGAAAACGCAGAUUUCUCAUGGAUCAUUUUGCUCUGGAGACUAACCAAAACAUCUUAAAAUCCAAGAACAUGGGUUACUUACAACAGAUAGAAGAAUAUCUCCAUGAUUUUAAAGACACAUUGACACUUUUGAUUGAAAACAUUGGAAGCUGCAUCACAGAAAUGACCACGAUUGCAGAUGAGUUGGACAAAUUCCACAGAGGAGCCACCAUUGCCAGUGUUACAGGAAGUUCAUUAGGCAUUACUGGAGGUAUUGCUACUAUUGUCGGCCUGGCGCUGGCCCCUGUUACACUUGGUGCAUCAUUGAUUGUCAGUGGUGUCGGUAUUGGUGUUGCUGUAGCUGGAGGAGUCACAGGGGCAUCAGCUUCUAUCGCUGAUACUAUCAAUAUGAAAAAGAAGAGCCAGAGAGUACAAGAACUUAUAGAUCAGAUUAAUGAAAUGAUGGCAUAUUUGAAAGAAAUAUCUGAGAAUAUUAACUUAAAAGUUGUAAACCUACAGUGUAGGUCAGAUGGGGAUGAAUUACUUAAUUUAGCAAGAGUGGUGGGAAGAGGUGCAUUAAGUACAAUGGAGCUUAGCAGAAUUUCUCAGCUGGGCAAAAUAACAGCAGUGGCAUCUCGAGGGGCUCAGUUAGCCACUCGGGGAGUCCAGGCAGCUGCAGCUAUUUCUGGGGUUUUAGCAGCCCUGUUUAUUAUACUCGAUGCAGUUUUUAUUAUUAAGGGAGCAGUGGAUUUGCACAAGGGGAGUAAGACUGAGGAAGCUGCACGGAUAAGAGAAUGUGCUGCUGAGCUGCAAUUGAUAUAUCAAGACGCUGAUAACUUAUUUCAAGAUUUGAAAGUUUUUUUUUAAUACUAAAUAAUUUUUUUGCUUCUGAAAUGAGAACAUUGCUUUCCUGCUUGUAAAUCAUUUUUUGCUGUGUUGUUAUCCUAGAAGAACGCAGUGCUUCUAAAUACUCUAGAUGCUUACUGGAUUUGAAAAUUUUUUUUGCAUUAGCAGCACAUUCUUAGCUUCAAAUUACUUGCCGUGGAAUACAAAGUCCACCAUCCACAAAUGCCAAAUAAGACCCUCGCAGAGAGUUUUGUUCAGCAUGCUUGACAAGGACCACCGCAAGAACUAAAACACUGCAUGGCUUUUUUAUGGGAUAAGUAAAUAAGAAGACUUUUUGGUAAUCACAUAAGGCACACAGCAUGUACUUGUUAUAAUGCUUUAAUUGAUGUAUUGCAUUGUAAUUGCAUACGAUAUAUAUGUAAAUUGUCACAUGUGUGUAUGGUAUGGGGUAGACGGUGGACAGUUGAGAAAGGAUGCAGACUGUUAUCGUAAGAAUGUACUUCUCUAAACACUAAUAAAAAUUAUAACUAAAUAUAUAAUAUAGGUUUUUAUACAUAGGAUGUAGUAGUAGUGUCACAUACAGGCCAUCCCCCCUAUUAUCCGUAAUAUGUCUCCAAAUGUAAAAUAUUUAUGUAUGAAAAAUAUAUCAAGCUGAUUUGGUAAUCCUCUCCAAAUCUAGUGUAUGCUUAUUUGGAGUUAUGAACACCCGGAGGACUAUCACCAGGAUUCAACAAGAGUUAUAUAAAAAAUGUAUAAUGCGAUUUAUUUUCAGUCUUCAUAAGAGUUGAUUACUUACAGAAAUAGCUUAGGAAAAGUCUUAGUCUAAUUGUCCACAAGGGGCAGCACAUUGAACACAUUUUAUAAGUGGUCAGAAACUUAUUAAUAACUCAUGAAAGAAUAAAGUUACAUUAAAACCAA